UUUUCGGUCACCCUCGCUGACAAGCAUUGAUUACUGAAUAGCUAUCUACCAGUGCAUUGCCAAUGAGAGAAAACUUUUUCUACGCCAUUGCAGGCACUAACCUGGUUCCUAUUUGGGCCCUGUCGUAGAGUCAUAUUUUCUUCUCUCUUUCACAUAUUUUUUUCUCUUCGAAUCUUCGUUAAGUGACGAUUGAACGUAUCAUAAACGAAGGAAGGGGAAGGAGAAAUCAACCAAGAUGGGUAACACAUACACCGCAUUUAGGGUGCAGGGGUUACCCACAUAUUACCCUCCUAAUAAAACUCCGGUCACCGCCGACGUACUCGAAAUCGGUUUCGUCUUUGCUUUCUUGAUCACGUUCUUCUCCUUCAUCAUCAUCUUGCCCGGUAUACGGGGAAUGCAGAGAUGUUACAGUUUUAUUCGGAUCACAGUCAGCCUUUUCAUCGGUGCCGGUAUCAUGUUGUCUCUUUGGGGACAAGAAUGGGAGAAGGCCACCCUUCAUGACAUCAGUACAUACUACAAGGCGUUCUCUCCCUACGAGAUAGAACACGCUGACAUCGAAGUGAAGAUAGGACUCAACAGCGUCAACAUCACACUCAAAGCUCCUGAAGGUGUUCCAGAACAUCCGGAAGAGAUUAUCAACUACAAUGAACGAUUCCAUUUCUAUGGCAGCCAGGGACGUGGCGGAUUCGGGCGAUUCUCUGGACGUAUCAACCGUGAAUUCCGUGAGGCCCAGUGGUCUGGUAAGCCCUACCCUGUGCUAUGGGUUGCUGAAUAUUUCACUUUGGAUGGUGAAGAUAUCCGAUGGGGAAGGUCAUACCGAUUGGCUGGAUUCUACGCAUACAUCAUGGUCUGGCUAGCCUUCCCACUGUGGAUCCUGGCUAAUAUCUUGUUCUUCAUGGUCAUCCGAAACGGUGCCUACUUCCUCAUCAUGACCGGUGGUAGUCUCUUGACCGCUAAUGUUCUUUAUGCAAGCAUUCGAUACGGAUCGGAAUUAAAGAUACCGUUUGGGGCGGACCACAUUCUUACCUUCUACAAGGGACCCAGUUUCUGGCUUUGUAUGGUUGCUGGCUUGAUAUCGGUCAUAUGCGGGUUCAUCGUCCUCGUCAUGGAUUACCUGUAUCCACUCGAGAUCGCAACCUUCUUCAACGUCGAUCCCCUCCAGGACUUCGAAGAUACUUACUUGAUUGAGCAAGCCGGUGGCAUGGAUGGAUCCAACUUCGAAGGCGGCAAGUCGAACGGAGAUAGUAACGGCCAAGAAGUGAGUAUGGUCUUACUAUCCUUGUGGUGUAUGCGGGGAGGGGGGGGGUCGGUCGUAGUUUGUCGUAUUAGCUAACUGUCUAUAAUAUCCAAUUCUAAUUCUAGUUCAUAACUUUUGAGCAAUAUUGGAAUUGUCUAGGAAGAUGCAUUUAUGUCUUCUUUUCCUUUCCAUGUUUCCGGUCUGAAAACUAACACACUCUAAAAAUAGAAGAGAAAAUGGGGUGGAUUACCCCUUUAAGAGAGCAGAGUGACGGCGACUGUAAAAGGUGGAAAACGCUGUCAAUAUCUUGGGUCCUUCUUCGUGUUUACCAAUUUGCAGACGUAUUUACUGAUCAUAUUACAGAGCAACCUUUGAGAUCUUUUGAUAAACCAAAGCAUAGACCUAAUAUGUACUCGUUUUCAUACAGAUAUAAUAAUUAUAAUUAUUUUACUAAAAGAAAUAUAGAAUCUUGAAGAAAUUAUGCAACUUGACCUAAUUUGAAAACAUUUAAAGGAAUCUCUUUCGCACAAAGAAAUGACGUGAUAGUAUGAACCAGCAUAUUGUGAGAGACCAUGUUAUAUCGCGCUCAAUUUUAUUAACAGCAAUUAUUGAUACUUCCUCGACUGAUCCAAUUUAAAAUGAAACCAGUCAAAUCACUUCCAAAUUAUUGCGAAUGUAGUUUCUGUUGAGUUCUAAUAAUAAAAU